AAAAGUGAAAUCGGAAGGAACAACAGAUCAUCUCUCUUCUAAAAAUGUCUACAGAGGUAGUACUGUAUCCUUUAAUUCAGUCAAGCAAGAUGGGUUCAGUUGACUUGUACUAUUGACCUAUAGUUAAGGGGAAAGAAGAAAGACCAGCCAGCGACCAGCGUGGCGGGGCUUUCCUUCUCGAAGGCGAUCCUAUUCCUACCCCACCCAGAGAUCGAUCGAGUGCAAAGCCUUCCAAUUCAAACUCGCCCCCACCUUUAUAAACGCCGCUCUCCAGCUCUUCCUUCCUUACCCGCCGCCGCCGCUCAUCAUAUCUGUCGCGCCACCCACGAAAGUUCCCUCCCGAUUCUGUUUUUCCUUUCCUUCCCUCGCCGGCUUCCUUCCCCGCGGAAGAACAAGAAAUCGAAUUGAAUUCGCUGCGGAAAAUUACAAUGGAGGAGGAGGACAGAGUUAUCGUCCCACGGCAAGGAGUCCUGCUGCGAGACGAUGCAGACGCCGCCGUCGAGAUCGCGGCGGCUGACGAUUCGACGGAGGACGAAGAAGACGCGGGGUUCGAGUUCGAGUUCCCCUUGGUCGGCAGCAGGGGAUCCUCCCCGGCGCUGGCGGACGAGCUCUUCGCCGACGGCCGCAUCAGGCCCUUGUACCCCGUCUUCGGCCGGGGAGCCGAUCGCUGCCUUCCUCCUCCUGCCCCGGCGCCGGAGCAGAUGAAGACGACGGCGACGAGGGGGCAGCUGGGGCGGCUGUUCAUGGAGGAGACACGCGCGUGGAACAACUCGCUUUCGCUGUCGAGCGGGUCGACCUCGUCGUCGUCUUCCACGUCGUCCGCGGACCUCGACGACGGCGGGCUGGAGGGGCUGCCGCCGGAGAGCUACUGCGUGUGGGCGCCUGGGUCGUCGGCGGCGGCGGGAGGAUCGUCCCCGCGGCCACGGGCGAGGAAGAGCGCGUCGAUGGGGUCGUCCAUGGCGCGGUGGCGCCGCAUCAGCGACCUCGUCGUCGGCCGCAGCCACAGCGACGGCGGCAAGGGCAAGCUCCUCUUCCUCCCCCCGCCACCGCCCAAGCCGAAGCCUAGUCCGGCAGGCAAGAAGAAGGCUGCAGCCGCCACGGAGAUCGGCACGGUGGCCGCCGCCCGGCGGAUGGCCUACUACGGCGCCGCGAAGCAGCAGCAGCAGCAGGGCGGCGUGCCAAGGCGGACGUUCUUGCCGUACCGGGAGGAGCUCGUGGGGUUCUUCGCUAACGUCAAUGGCGUCAGCCGCAGCAGCCACCCGCACCCAUACUGAUAUAAAUCCAUUGUUGAUUGAGUUUCUUCUUCUUCUUUCGAUUAGAUUAAAUUUCACAAAACCACACUUCUUGGGUUAUGGUUUCAUCGGGUCACUAUUGUCACUAAUAGUCUCACUGAACCACAUAUUUUAGGGCAACUGUCUCACAUUACCCAAAUCAGGUAGAUUAGGCCGUUUGAUGGUAUUUUUGACAUGUGAGACACAUUUGCCAUAUGCCAAAUCAAACCCAUUUCGUUGCCACGUCAGCUUUCGGACCCGUCCCGACCCGUUAAUGGUUAUUUCUCUAUCCGUAUCGCCAUCUCGGGUCGGGUCCGGGAACUAACGUGGCAACGAAACGGGUCGUCCCAUCCGACGUGGACGUAUGACAGGUGGGUUCCACCUGUCAGAAAAAACAUUAAACGACCUAAUCUACCUGAUUUGGGUUCUUUGAGACAGCCUGUCCCAAAAACGUGGUUCUGUGAGACUAUUAGUGAUAACUGUGACCCGAUAAAACCCUAUACUCGAGAAGUGUGGUUUUGUGAAAUUUACUAUCUUCUUUUUUCUCGGAAAGAUUGUGAAUUCUUGUUGGGAUUGACUUGAAAUUUGUGCUAAUUUGUCCUA